UCAGAAGCCGAUAAAGCAUCAAAAGGAAAUUGCAGCGACAGGGCUGCCUGCCAGUUUCAAUACUUUUUCCUCUAUAAAUUAACCGUGCACGAAGCUGCAGCCUAUAGGCACAUUUCUGCAUCUGUUCAGCUCAUCAAUUUACGGUUUCCAUCCAAUUUUGCAGCAGUAGUCUACCAUCCUAGAGUUGGAAAUGGAUGUGAAUAGCAAGAUUUUGAUCAUUGGGGGCACUGGAAACAUCGGGAAAUAUGUAGUGGAAGCAAGCGCAAAAGCUGGGCACCCAACGUUUGCACUGGUCCGAGAAAGCACAAUUUCAGAUCCUAAGAAGGCAGCCAUCAUCGAGAGUUUCAAGAGUUUGGGAGUCAUAUUUCUUCAUGGAGACCUACACAAUCAUCAGCAGUUGGUAAAUGCAAUCAAACAAGUUGACAUAGUGAUCUCUGCAGUCGGGGGAGAUUUGGUAGCUCAUCAAGUUAAGAUUAUUGAAGCAAUUAAAGAAGCUGGAAACAUCAAAAGAUUUUUACCUUCUGAAUUUGGGGGUGAUGUGGAUCGUGUGCAUGCCGUUGAGCCUGCUGCUAGCUUAUGCAGGACCAAGGUUGAGAUCCGCAGAGCUAUUGAGGCAGAAGGGAUACCUUACACUUAUUUAGUAUCUAAUGGAUUUGCUGGUUACUUGAAUUAUAUCCUCAACAACUUUGGAGACUCUGGUUCUACAAGUCCUCCCAGAGACAAAAUUGUCAUUCUUGGUGACGGAAAUCCAAAAGGGAUCCGAAAGAAGCUUGAAGAAGACAUUGCUGCAUACACCAUCAAAGCAGCAGAUGACCUAAGGACUCUGAACAAGAGUCUGUACAUUUCACCACCUGCCAACACUUUGUCCUACAACGAAAUAGUAUCAUUGUGGGAAAAGAAAAUUGGCAAGACCCUCGAAAAGACCUACGUUCCAGGGGACGAAGUUCUUAAGAAAAUUCAAGAGGCUUCAAUGCCAUUAAAAUUGCUCCUGUCUUUGGCAUACACAGUUUUCGUGAAGGGAGAACUAGCCAAAUUUGAGAUCAAGGCUUCUUUUGGCAUGGAGGCAACGGAGCUCUAUCCUGAUGUUAAAUACACCACACUUGAUGAGUACCUCAGCCAGUUUGCAUCAAAUUAGCUUAGAUGCUUUCAGAUUAGCUCUACCAGAUUUUUGCAGCAGUUUCUUGUGUACUACUAGAUUUUGUUCUUCUUCCAGAUGAGGAUUGUCAUGAAUGUGAUCGAAAUAAAAUCUGCCCUUAAUUUGUAUCCCGUCUUUUGUGUACUUGGGUUGAAUUCUUCCAACUUGAAAUCAUCAUCUGGUUGCCUCUGAGUAUCCUUUC